AUGGAAGCCAAGGCAAAGUUCGCAGAGGCGGCUGACCUGAAGAAGUUUGCCUUCUUCGGAGUGGCAGUUGCAACUGUCUCCACACUGAUUGUUGUUGUUGCUGUACCCAUCUUCUGCGUUCAUAUGCAAUCGGUCACAUCGGGUCUUUCUGAAGAACUUAUGUUCUGCAAGGCCAAGAAUGUUUACGUUAGAGGAGAAAUCCAACAACUAUCUGUUAUCCGUGAGACUUCCCGACAAAAGCGUCAAACUCCACAAACUUGUUGCUCUUGCGGAAUUGGAGAGACUGGACCAGCCGGAGUUCCAGGACAAGAGGGAGCCCCAGGAAACGACGGAAAGGCCGGACAACCAGGAGCACCAGGAGCCGAUGCUGACGAGCAAGGAUUCCAUUACAAGGCACCAGAAUUCUGCUUCAAUUGCCCAGCUGGACCACCAGGACCAGUCGGAGGACCAGGACCAAAGGGACCACCAGGACCACCAGGAGGACCAGGAGAGCAAGGUGGACAAGGACGUGGAGGAAACCGCGGACCACCAGGACCACGUGGAGGACCAGGAGAGGCUGGACCAGACGGAGAAGCCGGACGUCCAGGACAAAACGGACAAACUCGUUCCGCACCAUCUCCACCAGGACAACCAGGAGGCCCAGGAGAGCCAGGAGCACCAGGAGAGCCAGGACCAGACGGACGUGCUGGACAUCCAGGACGCAACGGACCACCAGGACCACCAGGAGACAACGGAGGACAAGGAGAGCCAGGAAAGGAUGGAGCCGACGGAGAGAACGGAGCCGCUGGAACACCAGGACCAAAGGGAUCUUGCGAUCACUGCCCACCACCACGCACUGCCCCAGGAUAUUGA